AUGCUUGCUGCUCCUUCGAAGAACGCCGUCUUCGGCCUAUUUUCGCGUACUUUGGCUGCGCCUCGGAUGCGCACAGCUGCGUGCGUGCGCUACUACUCCGACAAGGCCGCUGAAGCGACGCCCAACACGGAGGCGAAGGACGAGGCGCCGCAGGCUGAGGCGAAUCCGCUCGAGGCGCAGCUGAAGGAGAAGGAGGAGCGCGUCAAAGACCUGACAGAUGACCUGCUCUAUACAAAGGCUGAGCUGCAGAAUCUGCAGCGCCGCUCCGCUGAGGAGAAGAAGAGCAUCAGCGACGUGGCCAUCGCGAAACUCGCCAAGGACCUGACCGAGUCGAUCGAUGUGCUGGAACUCGCGCUCAAGUCGGUGCCUGAACUGCUGCGCACAGCUCCCAGUGAUGCGGCCGAGGCGCCGCGUGCACUGGCCGAGCUAUAUGACGGCGUGAGUCUCACGCGCAAGAGCAUUGUCGACAUGCUGCGGACGCAUGGCAUCGAGGCAUUCAACCCUACGGGCGAAAAGUUUGACCCCAAGCUGCACGAAGCAUUAUACCAGGCGCCGGUGCCGGGCAAGGAGCCGGGCAGUGUACUCGACUGCAGCAAGACGGGCUAUAUGAUUAAAGGGAAGCUCCUGCGUGCCGCCCAGGUCGGCGUCGUGCAGGACAGCGCUUAA